AUGGCAGAAGUUAUGGAGGAAGGCAAUGCUGUCCUCCUUGACAUCAUCAUUGGACGAGCAGCCCGUGCAAGGGGAGGGGGCCAACCAAAUGCAACCCUUGCCUGGUGUGAGCGCACCAACUUGAUCGCUGCUGCGGGCAGCUGGGAGGACAGUAGCAAGCAAAAGAAGCCAGCAAGUGACUCACAGGACCCACACACCCAGCUGCGCAUUCACAUCAUCGACCCCGAGGCCCCCGCCACUCAUGCCAUCGUCAGUGAGAACGCCCCCCCCUCCAGCGGUCCCAUCUGCCAGCUCGACUGGUCUCCCGCGGGGUGCUCCCCCGCGCUCCUGUGUGUCCAGUCAGAAGGCGCCUGUACUGUACUGACGCCGCCCGCGUAUGCUCCGCAAACCAUCGAUGCUUGGAGGCCCGCGACGCAGUGGUCGGACCAGGAGGCCCUGCGGCUGGCAAAGUGGCUGCAGCCGCCUUCGCCGUACUCGUGGCCGGCGACGAGCAGCUCUGGGCCAUACGAGGAGCGCUUCAUGGCUUCUUCCCCCGCGCCCUUACCCCGGUGGCCCCGCUCCGGCUUCUCAUGCCUCGUCACGCUUACGCAAUCCGGCUCAGCAAAGCUUCACUACCAGACGUUCGGGCGGGACCCCCAGACCGGCCAAGUCGCCUGGAAAAGCACCAACAGUGUGCUCCUUGCGUGCGGAGGGGAAAGUCUGGUGGCGGAUGCGACCGUUACAACGGCUGGGUCCGUUCUCAUCGCUCUAGUUCCCACCAGCCAGCCCUCGACAGUGGUCCUCUGGGAGCUCCUCCCUCAAAACGCGCACACCCAACCUCCCCCUCCCUCGACCGGUACCAGUAGCUUAUCCCCCCUCAUCGCCACUCUUCUCCGACCCCCCCGCCCGAAUGAGUCCAAACCGGAACCCCCCCUCUCCGCAACCAUCGUCUCCAGUUUCUCAGUUGAGGAAGGCGGGGGCCAUACGCGGAGAAUCGCCGGGUUGGCUUUUGAGAGGGGCACCGGCGGGGAGGGGCUGGUCGUACUGACCGCGGGGGUGGACGGGGACGACUUGGCUUCCCUCGAGAGGUGGCGCAGCUCUGCGGAACCUCUAGAGGUUCACGAGGUGUUCCGGAGUGGAAAGGACGUAAAGGAGGGCCAGGAGAGCGUGGUGAAGUGGAGCCGGACGGCCGCGCUGGAGCUUCCAAUGGGAGGGGGAGCGGUUUUGGGGGAGGUCGGGCUUCGGUUUUCGACGACCGGAGACCAGCUGGCGAUUCGCGUUGCAGGACGGACGCAUCUGUUCCAUUUCAGGCCUGACUUCACCCUCGAAAAUCUGCCCACCCCCCACCUCGACACCCCAGUCGCCGUUUUCUCCCCGACCGGUUCGUGUGUCGCGGGGCUCUUUGUGGGGGCCCCGGAAGAGCGUGGUCUGGUCAGUGUCGGUAUUCUCGCCGCCUUGCCUUGGGACGGUCGGGAGAGAGCCCCUGGGGACCAGAAGACGACGGACGGGUGGGAUUUGGCGCUUUCGCAAAGGUGUCUGUGGGGCUUCGUCACGUCCCGGUUUGCUUGGGACGUCGUCCCGGUCGCGCGGAAGGGCCCGGGGAGCAUCGCCGGCCUCGGCGGCCAGGUGGACCGCCAGCUGCAUGCCAUGCCAGGGGAGCGGCUCCGGAAGGACUACGCCAGGAAGCUGGACCGUUUGAAGACGCGACUAUUGGGAGGCGCCGUCGGCCCCGAGAACCGGGCGGUGAGCCUGGAGACGCGCAUCCGGCUGGUGCUGGAAUGCCUCACCCGGGCGCUGCUGCUGCUGCUCACUCGGGCGAGCCCGAAUGAACCUGGGAGGGAGGGCGAGGAGGGCUACUCGGAACUUGAGGGCUGGUGCCAGGACAGCAUCCUGGACCUGGCGUCCCUCUUCCUGCACCUCAUGCGCCGCAACGUGGAGGUCUUCAUUGCGCACCAGGCCGCCGCCUACUCCCCCGCCGAGAAGCGCCCCUCCGUCGAGGUCGCCUUUCCCGGCCUGCCCGGAACACGCUUAGUGGGCGACCGGGGUUUUCUGGAGGGGCUUUUGAAGGCGACGUCCGGCGCGCAUGUGUUGAGGAAAAGAAGAGACGAUCGCGAGAGAGGCGCCGGCGAGGGGCCGCUGCGCAAGAGCGGGCAAGGCAACGGGGGCGUUGGGUACCACACGCAAGAGAUCACGGCGCUUUUGGCGGUAGUCCAGGACUUGACGAAGCGCACGCUGGCGCUGCCGGCCAUGUUCCCACCGACGCCCCCGCUCCCCAAAUUCAUGGCGCUGCACUACGCGGACGGCUGGAGCAGCGUCGGAUGGGAGGAGGUCAACAAAGCCAUCCAGGCGGUCGGCAACACACUGCCCCGUCCUCUCGGCGCCGACUCGGUCGGAAUGCUUCUCCGCAAUCUGGACGUUCUCGUUUCUUGGGAGCUGCCCGCCGACGAAUACAGCCCGGGCCUCGUAAACUCAGUCCCCGACCAGUCUUACCUAGUGAAGAUGGGCUCUGCCAUGCUCGGGACAGGGCCCGGGGAGAGCGCCCGGGAAGUUGGACGCAAGAGGCGGCGGGCGGAGCACGCGAUCGCGACCGGAAAAGGAAGCGCAGGGGCGUUACGGGCGAUUGUGGGGAGCCGGAGGGAUCAGUUGGAUUUCCGGUGGAAGCCGACGGCGACCAAAGGCAUGGUGUGGUGCGGAGGGUGCGGGAAGAGUACGGCUUGUCUGUACCUGGAGGGAUCGGAAGAAGGGGACCCCGACCGCGCUCAGAAGUGGCGGGCUAGCUGGGGCGCCAACUGGGCAACAAGGUGUCCGCUUUGUUUAGGAUGCUGGCAUCCCGCCUUCUGAGCAGUUUCGAACCUGAACCGUGUCAUCAUUGAUUAUAUUCAAUCUCAAGGUCCAAAAAUUUGUGCUCCGGCA